AUGGAGAGUUUCAAAGCAACAGAAGAGCACGACACUCCUUCAUCAACCCUCGCGUUGUCGAAGCCCUUGAUGAUAUUGGAUACUAAUGAAAGAUAUGCAUUGGACAAUGAAUUAAAUGAACAAGAACAUGGUCAUGGUCUCUUAAGCAAAUUAAACACCCCAAGUAAACAAAGCAGAGAAAUUGUUGAAGUGCCAAAAAUUGGUAUGAAAUUUGAUUGUGAUGAUAGUGCAUAUGAAUUUUACAAAGAAUAUGCUCACCGAAUAGGCUUCAGUGCAAGAAAACAAUUUGUGAAGCGAUCCAAUUUAGGAAUUGUUCAAAGGAGAACAUUUUGUUGCUCAAAAGAAGGUAAACGAGUUGUUGAUAAAAGGAAAGAACAAGUAUCUUUUCAUCACCCAAUUUCACGUGUGGGGUGUUUAGCACAAAUGACUUGUCAACUUCAAAAGGAUGGUAUGUUAGAAGUUGCUUCUUUUUAUGAGCAACAUAAUCAUGCGUUUGUUCAGACUCCCAUGAAACACAUGUUAAGGUCGAAAAGAAAGAUUACACUUGCUCAAAAAGCUAUUGCAGAUGAUGCCGAGAAGUCUGGAAUAUCAAUCAAACAAACUAUAGAUUUGUUGAGCAUGCAAGCUGGAGGUCGUGAAAAUCUUGGUUUUUUGGAUGUUGACUAUAAGAAUUAUAUACAUUCUAAUAGGAGGAGGGCUUUGAAGAAAGGGGAUGGCCGUGCUGUGAUGGAGUACUUUCGUAAUAUGCAAUUAGAAGAUCCAUCUUCUUUUUAUUCAAUACAACUAGAUGACAAUGAUCUUAUCAUGAAUAUUUUUUGGGCAGAUGCUAGAUCAGUGGUUGAUUAUGGACACUUUGGUGAUGUGAUAUGCUUUGACACAACUUAUCGUACAAAUACGUAUGGUCGACCUUUUGCACCAUUCAUUGGGGUUAAUCAUCACAAACAAACAAUUAUCUUUGGUGCAGCAUUACUUUAUGAUGAAACUGUAGAUUCAUUUAAGUGGUUAUUUGAAACUUUUUUAAGUGCAAUGUUGGGAAAGCAGCCAACAACUAUACUUACAGAUCAAUCUGCUGCAAUGGCCAAAGCAAUAAAUGAGGUGUUUCCUAAAUCAAAUCAUCGUUUAUGUGUAUGGCAUAUUUAUCAAAAUGCUGCUAAGCAUUUGAGCCAUGUAUUUCAUUCAUUAAAGCAGUUUGCAAAUGAUUUUGGCAAUUGUGUAUAUGAUUAUGAAGAUGAAGAUGAAUGGCUACUUUCAUGGGAUAAUAUGCUUAAGAAGUAUAAUCUUACGAAUAAUAAAUGGCUGGAUGGGAUAUUUGAUGUAAAAGAGAAAUGGGCUAUGGUAUAUGGUCGACAUAUGUUUACUGCUGAUAUGAAAAGCACCCAACGCAGUGAGUCCAUGAACAAUGUGUUGAAGAAGUACUUGAAAGCGAAAUAUAAUCUUUUGCGAUUUUUGGAACAUUACUCUAGACUCUUGGCUGACAAACGACAUCAAGAACUACAAGCAGAGUUCAAAAUGAGUCAAACAACACCUAUUUUAAAAGUUGAUGUUGAGAUGUUGAGACAUGCUGUAAAGUUAUACACCCCAGAAGUGUUCCAAAUGUUUCAAGAUGAAUACAUGAAGAUGGGCGAUUGUACUAUUUACAAGGCUAGUGAUGUGGUAUUUUUGUGA